GUCACUUCUGGUGUCUUUACCAUGUCAAAAUCCAAAACUGGGGUUUGAAAUCCCCGCCAAUUCGAUGUUCCUCUAAAAUGUAAAAUGACUCCCGAGGAAAAGACGGGUACUCCAGUGGUUCCGAGGUCGAUUCCAAGCCCUAAUGACGAAGUUAAAGCGAUUUCAUCCCACCAGGGCAACGACGAAACUUCUUCUGCUAAAAACACGGUCUCUCCCAAGGAUUUUAUCAUCUCCGUCGCUCGCAAAUUCUCUGUUCAAUCUCUCCAGAAUCCCGACCCUGGUGUCUGGGGCGUUCUCACUGCUAUUUCCAACAAUGCUCGGAAGAGGCCACAGGGUAUAAAUAUUCUUCUGACAGCUGACGAGCACUGCAUUGGUCGAUUAGUAGAGGACAAACGUUUUCAGAUUGAAUCGAAUGCUGUAAGUGGAAAUCAUUGCAGAAUUUAUAGGAAGAGGAUUGUCACUGAAGACGUGGAACAGCCAUCCAGCCUUUGUACUUCUGUCUUUUUGAAAGAUUCCAGCACUAAUGGAACAUUUGUUAACUGGGAAAGGCUGAAAAAGAAUAGCACUGAAGUAAGGCUCCAACAUGGAGAUAUUAUAUCUUUUGCUGCACCUCCUCAGCAUGAUCUGUCUUUCGCGUUUGUUUAUCGAGAGUGUCUUAACUCUGCUCCUAUGAUAGAUGAUGCAAUUUUGAAAAGAAAAGCAGAGGAGGAAUUUGGCUGUGAAAGCAAGAGGUUGAAAGGUAUAGGUAUUGGUGCUCCUGAGGGUCCUAUUUCUCUUGAUGAUGUUCGAAGCCUUCAGAGAUCAAACAUGGAGUUGAGGAAGCAAUUGGAAUCUCAUGUUCUUACAGUUGAAACAAUGCGAAAAGAAAAUCGAGCAGUUCUUACUCAGCAUGAAAAUGAAAUGAAGGAGCUGAAAGAAUCAGUAUCACAAUCUUUCCUUGAUCAAAUUAAAGAGUUGCGCAAUAUGUUAGAGGUGAAACAGAAGGAGCUAGCUGAGGGCAAUUCCCAAUUGGCUGAAAAGCAACAUGCUAUGGAGGACCUCAAUGAAAGACUUAAUGCAUCUAUGCAGUCACGUAGGGAUGCUGAUGAAAUAAUCAAUAGUCAGAAGGCAUCUAUAUCUGAACUUGAGGCACGGGUAGAUGAUGAGCGAAAUCAGAGAAGGGAAGAACGGGAAAAGGCUGAAGUGGAUCUAAAAGUUGCACUGCAGAAAGUUCACUCAGAGGCCCAAGAGGAAUUGAAAAGACAGUCCAAAGUUGCCUCAAUACAACAAAAAGAGCUGCAAGAAGUUAUCAACAAACUUCAGGAAUCUGAUAAAGAAAAAAGCUUACUUGUAGAAUCUUCAAGGGCCAAACUGGAAGAUUUCAGGGAAAGCUUGGUCAUUUCUGAAAAGAAAGUCCGUCAGCUAGAAGGGCAAAUUAAGGAAGAGCAGAAAGCCUCUGCAGACAGCAGAAAAAAAGUUGAAAAGCUGGAGCAUGAAAUGAAAAGAUUGAGGAAAGAACUUGAAAGUGAGAAGCAGGUAGCUCGAGAAGAAGCGUGGGCUAAGGUUUCUGCCCUGGAGCUUGAAAUGGCUUCUGCACUUCAUGACCUCUCCAUUGAGAAACAAAGGUUUCAAGGUGCCAAGGAAAGGAUUAUUCUCCGGGAAACACAGCUACGAGCAUUUUAUUCUACAACUGAGGAGAUUUCUGCUCUCUUUGGAAAGCAGCAAGAACAGCUAAAGGCAAUGCAGAGGACUUUGGAAGACGAAGAGAAUUAUGAGAAUGCAUAUAUCGAUACUGAACUCAAUGCUUCGAAAGGAACCAUAGAUGGUGUUGUUGUCAGAGAAAAUGCAGCAACAUCUCAUCGAAAAAAUACUGAUGAAAAAGAAGGCUCCACCGCUUCAACACGGAGAGUUGUCAGAGUCCAGAUUGAGAGUACAAGUGAUGAAGUAAGUGCAACUGAGAAGCAUGACUGUGAAAUCAGAAGCCAAGAAAAUCAACACACCCAAGACGCAGAAUGCACAAGUGCUGAUCGCUCUGUCAAGGGAGGUUUUGGUUCCGAGAUUGAUGGUGUUGGCACAGCACCUGUUCUUGAGGGAGAUCCAAUCGAAACUGAGAGAGUGCUUGGCACUGAGAGUCCUGCUGUUGAAGUCAACUUUGGUGAACGAAAUCUCGAUUUGAACAAAUGCAACACUUUAGCUGGGGAUACGAUGCAGAUUGACAAUGAACCCCAGUUGCAAGAAACCAGAGAGCAGUUUCAAGAGACUUGUGAGAAUACUCAGUGCUUACCAUCAAAUGAUCCGAAUGAGGUUUUGAAAACCAUGGAAGAUACAGAAGUUGACAAUACAAUCAGAACAGCAGAUCUUUUGGCUUCUGAAGUUGCAGGGAGCUGGGCAGUCAGCACAGCUCCUUCUGUGCAUGGAGAAAAUGAAUCUCCAAGUAAUAGUGGACAAAGUGACAGUGUAAGGAGUAAUGAAGAAUGUGUAGCAGCUCAGCACUGUUCUGAUGCUCAGGCAGCCGGGAGUCAGAUACUACCAUGUUCUGCUGCUUCAGCCACCAAACUGAGUCAGGAGCGUCAGGCACUGAAUGAAAUGAUCAAAAUUGUUGCUCCGGAUUACAAACAUCUGUUUGGCAGUGAUAACGGUGGUGGUUCUGAUCAAGGGGUCGAAGAUGAAGCUUCUACUUCGGGUUCAGAUACUGAGGAGGGUAGCAACCAUGAUUGUAAAGCUGAUGUUGGGUCUAUAUCAGACUCUGAUACCAAGGAAGGUUCAGACCAAGGUGGUGGGGGUAAUGAGGUCAAUUCAAUGGAUGAAGGUAACAAUGCUACACAGGAAGACUCUCUUGGAUAGCAGAUAGCUUUCCUAGCGGUUAACUCAAGUUGUAAAUAUAUUGGUGAAAGGGAGGGUUUGGGUUUUUCAUGUUCGUUGUCAGUAUAUGCAACUUCUUCAGCUAUGUUGAUGUGCAGUCAAUAGCCACA